UGUCUGUGCAGGAGAGUUUGGAGAGGAAGUUUGGAAAGCAGGGCGGACCCAUCCCCAUCGUACCCACUGCUGACUUCCAGGCCAGAAUUGCUGGUGCCUCUGAGAAAGACAUUGUUCACUCUGGGUUGGCCUACACAAUGGAGAGAUCUGCUCGGCAAAUCAUGCGCACUGCCAGCAAGUACAACUUGGGAUUGGACCUGCGGACAGCCGCCUACGUGAACGCCAUCGAGAAGGUCUUCAAAGUGUACAACGAAGCGGGGCUCACCUUCACAUAAACGGCCCGU